AUGAAACAAUAACGACCGUAAACAUCAUAUCAUUCAACUAUAUCAUCUAAUCAAAUAGAAUCACCAUCAGUAAAUACUCUUAAUAUAUUGACAACUCUAUAAUUAUCUACCAAUAGAAAAUUAUUAGAAUAAUUCCCUAAAGAUCCUCAUUCUGAUGUUGUAAUCCAAAUUAAAAAUAAAAGAUUUGAAUUAUAAAAGGCACAUCUUAGAAUUGAAAGUCCUUUUUUUGAUUCCGAUAAAAAAGUCAUCUCGAUUCAAGAAUAUGAUCCAGAUAUUUUUGAAGCAAUUCUUAAAUGCUUCUAUGGUGGAUAAUAUACCGUUUAUACAUAUCAAGAACUAUAUUUAGCUUAUUAAAUUUGUAGUUUCCUUAAAUGUGAGGGUUUAUGUAAAUAAAUUGAGAGUUCAUUUCUUAUUAACAAAAAAUCAUUUACACUUGCUUUUUAAUUAAGUGAAUUCUAUGGACUUGAAGAUCUAAGACUUUCUUGUUAUGAAUUCUUAGAUAACAAUCCUGAUGCCUUUCUUUAAAUUUUUGAUCUUGGCAUGCUUAAAUUAAAAAAAAAUCAUAAAAAAUCUACUCCUUCUGAUGUUUUAGGACUAAAUAAAACAUGUUUUACUCAUCUUGUCUUAGCUCAUAACACUUAUAAAAAAACUAAAUCAGAAUCAAGAUUAUUUUUAACAAAUUAUGAAAUUUUCUAAUUAUUAGAAUUGUACAACUCUAAUGAAGAUGAUCUUAAAGAACUUGUGGUUAAUUUAAUUGAUAGGAAUACUCUAACAAGUGAAGAAUACUAUAAAAUAUACCAUCAAUUAGCUUGUAGAUAAUCACAUGAUAUUUUAGAUGAACCACAUAUUCAAACAUGUCAUCAAUCUGUUAAAGAAUUCCAGUAAUUUAAUUUUCAUUUAAUAGAUUAUAAACAUAACCUGAAAACCAUUAUGAAGAUUAUUUUGAUGUAAACAAAAGUGAAAAUUAUUAUUUCAAAAAACGUUUGAUUGAAUUAGAAGAAUAGAACAAAGUAUUUUAACAAGAGACUUCAAAAUUAUAAAUUGCUUUAGAAACUAGCAUGAAAAAUACUAAUAAUUUUAAAGAUACAUUAUUAGAAACUAUCACUUAGAAAUUAGACAAUAAACUUAUUGAAAAAGAUAAAGAAAUCGAUUAUUUAAAAUAAGAACUUUUAGCUCUAAAAAAUUAAAUUAAUUAAAAGGAUUAAACUAUAAUUGAUUUAGAGGAUAAUUUGAGGGAUAUUAAUGAGAGAGAAAUCAUAUAGUUAAAUUCCUAAAUUGAAACCCUAAAAAGUUAAUUAAUUUUAAGAGGUCAAACUAUUUCAGAAUUAUAAUAUAGCGAAAAAGACUUCAAUGAUUAAACAUUAGAAUCAUUUAAUUAAAACACAGCAAGUUAAUUUCUUUAACAAUAAGAAUUGGCUAAGUCUGAAUUUUAAUUUUUAAGAACUCAAACAGUUGCAUAAAGUUAAGUGUAAUUAACAGUUUAAUAAACUGAGAGAUUUUAAUUUGAUGCAGAACCUGUCACUUUAGACAAGAUUUCUUAACUCAAUUAUAUGUUUGAUUAUCUUAAUAUUACAAUUUUUUCUCAAAUUUAUUUAAGAAGACUAUAAUUAGGAUCUCUUAUUGGAUAUGACAUAGAUUCAUUUAGAAAUAAUUGCUCUGAUAUUUAAAAUUUACUUAUUUUGAUAAAAGUUUUUGAUUAUAAUAAAAUAAUAGGAGUACUAAUAUUUGGAGCUUAGAAAUAUUUACUUAAUAUAUCUAAUCGUUAAAUAGAGGAAUAGAAUGAUAUUUAUUUAUUUGAAGAUAAUAUAAUAGAGAUUCCAGGUAAACUUACAAUAUGUAAUGGUUGUGAUUCUAACACUUGUUACGGUUCAACUUCUUUGACAGGAAAUAAAGAAUUUGUAGUAGAAGACAUUGAAGCUUAUUCAAUGUAAAUUAGUCAUAAUUUAUGA